UAAAACACUCGACACGCAACGCAACGCAACCUCAAUUCCCCAAAGAGAAGUUUCUAACGAACAUAACUCAAAUUCAAUACCAAAACUCACAACUCAAAGUUCAAGAUUUUCAACAAAAUCUUGAAGAACAAUAAUAAUCACAAAUGGUGGAUAAAAAAUCUUCAAUCAUCAGAGACAGAGAUCGAGAACUGCUUCUACCAGUUUCCAAUCCCACCAAUGACGAACAAUCAUCUCCAAAACCCUCAUCUUCUUUCUCUCAUCACGCUGGCCGUGAGACUUUCUCAAAGGUUCUUAGGAGUUGGGCUUCUAAGAAGUUCAUGACUGGAUGUGUCAUCCUAUUACCAUUAGCUAUUACUUUCUACAUAACAUGGUGGUUCAUACAUUUUGUGGACGGGUUUUUCUCUCCUAUUUAUGCUCAACUUGGCAUAAAUAUAUUCGGUCUCGGGUUUGUGACGUCAGUGACGUUCAUAUUUGUGGUGGGAAUCUUUAUGUCAUCAUGGUUGGGUGCAUCGGUUUUAAGUCUCGGAGAAUGGUUCAUCAAACGCAUGCCAUUUGUUCGCCAUAUUUAUGACGCCUCAAAACAGAUCAGCACCGCCAUAUCGCCAGAUCAAAACUCACGAGCCUUCAAGGAAGUUGUAAUAAUUAAGCAUCCUCGUGCUGGUGAAUUUGCGUUCGGGUUCAUUACUUCCUCCUUCAUUCUCCAGAGUUAUACAGGAGAGGAAAAAUUGUAUUCGGUAUAUGUCCCAACAAACCAUCUCUACAUCGGUGAUAUAUUCUUGGUGAAUUCAAAAGACGUUGUCCGACCAAACUUAUCUGUUCGUGAAGGAAUAGAAAUUGUUGUCUCGGGGGGCAUGUCAAUGCCGCAAGUUCUAACAACGUUCGAUUCAGGCAUUAACGAAUAUGGACCUAGAAAUAACCCAAGUUGAGAGUUUAUGUGAAUAUUUGAGAGUUUAACUUGUUAGUUUUUGCACUUCUUGAUGAAAAAAAAAAAGGUUUAAAAAAACAUUUAAAGUAGUCUUGGUUAUAAAUUUCAGGUUCAUUUGGCAGCUAGAUGUAUAACAUUUUUUUUGUUUAGGGACAA